UGCCAGCCACCGGCCCUCCGUGUAGGGAGGGGCCCUCCUCCCUCCGCUUACAAGGGAGCUAGGGGUGGUGGAGAACAGGGUUUCAGUCUCGAGUAAAGAAGUUGAAGAAAGGGAUCUGGAACAAAAUAGGCAGAAGAGAAGAAGAGUGGCUACAGCAGACUUGUGUUUUAAGAGCGAAUUGGAGAGGAAGAGAUCGAACACAUCAGAGGAGCCAGGGAUCGAAGCUAGCAGUGCAAAGAUGUUUCGUUGCGCAGGCAGCAGGGUAGCUCGGCUCUUAUCAUCUCGAGGGUCGUCGGUGGCUCCAGCGGUCACCCGCCAAAGUGCAGGUGGUGCUUGCUCUGUAGUCCAGCAGCGAUCUGUCUCUUCUCCAGGAUGGCUGAACCCCAGAUUUGCUCUGAAUGGAACACAUGGUUCAGGCGCAUCCGGUGACUUCGGCAUCGCCACGGGUAUGGAGCUGGAAGAAUUAGAGGCUCAACAAAAGGGUCUGAAACGCUUUGACCUUGAUGCUCCUCGUGGACCCUUUGGAACCAAGGCUGACCCUGCUCUUGUAGAAUCUGUCUUUGACGAGCGAAUUGUGGGCUGCUCUGGAGGAGUUGGUGAGGAUGAGCAUGAUGUUGUCUGGUUCAAGCUGAAAAAGGGCGAGGAUUACGAGUGUCCAGUCUGCACUCAAGUAUUUCAGUUGAAAGUUGUGGGAGAAGGUGGAAUGCCAGGUGCCCACCAUUAAUACUUAUGUCUGCCAACAUUUAUCCAGGGGUUGAAGACGCACAGAAGCUGUUCUUUUCAAAAAAAUUCUGAGGAAUAAGUGUCUUCGAGGGCAUGUCAUUUUUUUCUUACGUUGAAAGGUUUGGAAUGAUCAUAGCUGGGCUUUAUUGCACUGCCGCUGAACCACCAUGUCUCUCAGUGUUUUAUUGACACCCAUCGAGACCGUAAACCCUAUAAAGAUUCAUUGUCCAGAGCUUUCAAAGCAGAAGUUGAAACACCUGUCGAAUGGACAUGGGUAGUGAGUGAAGGCUUCUCGAGUGGAUCAAACGGGGCAAACUCUGAAACCUCGAAGUGGGAAUGAUCUCAUUUACAGUCUUCUGAAGCUCCCGUAAUGUGCAGCAGAAGCCUCUUCUUACCCUCAGUUUUGCCAUUUUUGUAAAGAUGAGACAUAAUGAAAGAUACCAGUGGGAGUUAUGAGUUAUGGGAGUCAGUGGUAGCCUUCUUGUACACUGUCGGUUUGAGUGUUACGAAACUUGUCGUAUUGGAAAUGUUGCUGAAAGUUUGCUAGCUUUACGUUUCUCACUCGUUUUCUUCGUUUGAAUGCUCGGCCUCACAUUCUAGAACGCAAGAUCUUGGAGGGUCAUCUCUCCUCGAUUCUUCCUUUGUUAUUGUGGCUAACAUUUCUCUAGACCAACAUCUGUGUUGUGUCGCUACUUGUACUGAUUACUUUGGGUUCAACUUCUAAGUCAACUUACCAGUACAUAAAUUUUACCGGCGCUGUUAUGGUUAGGCCAUGGGUAAGAGAACCAUAUGUUAUGGAUUGUGCAUCUUUUGUCCGUAAGAGUAGGUACGUAACUAACGUUAAAUAUGAUGUAACUUUGUCGGAGUAUUAGCGGGUCGGUAUAGCUGGAGUCUGUAGCCCACAUCUAGAGGCUCACAUACUGUGAUCAUUGAGAUAUAAUCUCAUUCUUAAGGUUUUAGUGGUUGAAACACACGAGUCUCUCUUGUAGUUUGGAGGCAGGCAUGAUCAGAACAUGCGAAGAAGGAAAGUCAUUGACGAAAGUGAG